UCUCCUCCGUUAAUCCUUUACGCGAAACACGAACCCGAAAAUGAAAAACACAACCAAAGUCAUUGCCACUGCUCACUUAUAAAAGCCUCUUGAAUCUUCCUCCUUCUCUCUCCAGGUAAACCUUUACCUACCUCUUUUCCAAAUCACAAAGAAAGCCACGUUGUUUAACCAAAAAUGGCUCUCACCAACUCCUCCAUUCUUCCCACCAAGUCUCUCCUUCAAUCUCAGCCAUCUACGCCUUUCUCUAGACCCAAGUCAUUGUCUGUCAUUCGAAUCAGCGCCGUCCAUUCACCUGACUCACCAAAGAACCCCAUCGUCUCCGAUAAAUCGGCCAAGCAGCCAGCAAGCGCUCCACUCGCCGCUAUCAAAUCUGCUACUGCACCCGCUACUGCUCCGCCGAAAAAUGCGGAUCCCGGGAAAUGGACCGUCGAUAGCUGGAAGUCAAAGAAGGCGUUGCAGUUGCCGGAAUAUCCCGAUCAAGUAGAGCUUGAGGCGGUGCUUCGGACUCUCGAUGCUUUCCCUCCGAUUGUCUUUGCUGGAGAGGCUCGGAGUCUCGAGGAAAAGCUCGGGGAAGCUGCCUUGGGAAACGCGUUCCUGUUGCAAGGCGGUGAUUGUGCUGAGAGUUUCAAAGAGUUUAACGCUAAUAAUACUCGUGACACUUUCAGAAUCAUUCUUCAGAUGGGUGCCGUUUUGAUGUUCGGUGGUCAAAUGCCCGUUGUCAAGGUGGGAAGAAUGGCAGGGCAGUUUGCGAAGCCGAGGUCGGAGCCGUUCGAGGAAAAGAAUGGAGUAAAGCUGCCGAGUUAUAGAGGCGAUAAUGUCAACGGGGAUGCUUUCGAUGAGAAGGCUAGGAUUCCUGAUCCUCAGAGAAUGAUUAGAGCUUACUGUCAAUCUGCAGCUACCUUGAAUCUUUUGAGAGCUUUUGCUACUGGAGGUUAUGCUGCUAUGCAAAGGGUUACUCAAUGGAAUUUGGAUUUCACCGAACGCAGCGAGCAGGGAGAUAGGUACCGAGAACUGGCUCAUCGUGUUGAUGAGGCCCUUGGAUUCAUGGCUGCGGCUGGACUUACAGUUGACCAUCCUAUCAUGACAACAACUGAGUUCUGGACAUCCCAUGAGUGCUUGCUCUUGCCAUAUGAACAGUCACUUACCAGGCUGGAUUCUACUUCUGGCCAUUACUAUGAUUGUUCCGCUCAUUUUCUUUGGGUUGGGGAACGCACUAGACAGUUGGAUGGUGCUCAUGUUGAAUUUCUGAGAGGAGUGGCUAAUCCUCUUGGAAUUAAGGUUAGUGAUAAGAUGGAUCCAAAUGAGCUAGUUAAGCUGAUUGAAAUUUUGAACCCUCAGAACAAAACAGGAAGGAUAACAGUGAUCACAAGAAUGGGUGCCGAGAACAUGAGGGUGAAGCUUCCCCAUCUAAUUAGGGCAGUCCGUCGGGCUGGGCAAAUUGUCACUUGGGUUAGUGAUCCUAUGCAUGGAAACACCAUAAAGGCUCCUUGCGGUCUCAAAACUCGACCCUUCGAUUCCAUAAGGGCUGAAGUGAGAGCUUUCUUUGAUGUGCACGAGCAAGAGGGAAGUCAUCCUGGAGGAGUUCAUCUAGAGAUGACUGGGCAGAAUGUGACAGAAUGCAUUGGUGGAUCCCAGACUGUUACAUUUGAUGACUUGAGUUCACGCUACCAUACCCACUGUGACCCUCGGCUCAAUGCCUCGCAAUCUCUUGAGCUUUCCUUCAUCAUUGCAGAGCGCCUUAGAAAGAGGAGGAUCAGCUCACAGCAACCUCUGGUCACAGGGCCGUAGAGUGGCUCACAAAGAAUCCAGCCACCAGCCUACCAAUAUGUUUGUUCUUUUUUUUGUCUUUAGUUGAUACUGCUGGCACCUUAUUAAUAUUUUUUUUUACUUUUGGGAUUCUUAAGUUAUGUCCUGUUUUUUAUGUUGUGCAUACUGGGAGACAAGAGAGGGCUUUGAGAGGAAUAAAAAAAAAAUUAAGCUAUGAAUGAAUUCUAAAAUUGCUCUGAAGAAGAUUACAUUCCAAGCUUGUUGUGGUCUUGCAGACAGA